AAAAAAAAAAAUCAAGAAGGAGAAAAAUCAAAAGAAAAGCUUGGUCGUCGGCGAUGGAAGGGUCGAGGUUCUUGAAAGAGCUAGCCCUCUACGCGGCGAGCGCGGGGCUCAGUUACCUCGUUCUCUGCGCCGCACUCCGUAAGCUCGACGCUAACCACGCCGCAUCGAAGAAGGCGCUCAAGCAGAAGAGGGAGAUCGCCAAGAGGCUCGGCCGACCUCUAACCAACACUAAUCAGUAUGAGGACGUGAUAGCGUGCGAUGUUAUAAAUCCUGUUCAUAUCGAUGUCGAGUUUGAGUCCGUUGGAGGUCUCGACAAGAUUAAGCGAGAAUUAUUUGAACUGAUCAUCCUUCCCCUGAGGAGACCUGAGUUGUUUUCGCACGGGAAGCUUCUUAGUCCGCAGAAGGGGGUUCUGCUGUAUGGACCCCCGGGGACCGGGAAAACAAUGCUAGCAAAGGCCAUCGCUAAGGAGUCCGGUGCUGUUUUUAUCAAUGUGAGGGUGUCUAAUUUGAUGAGUAAAUGGUUUGGAGAUGCUCAAAAGCUCGUGGCUGCGGUGUUUACUCUCGCCCAUAAGCUCCAGCCUGCUAUCAUUUUUAUUGACGAGGUUGAUAGUUUCUUGGGGCAGCGCCGUAGCACGGACCAUGAAGCCAUGGCUAACAUGAAAACCGAGUUUAUGUCCCUGUGGGAUGGUUUCACCACAGACCAAAAUGCUCGAGUUAUGGUUUUAGCUGCUACAAACCGUCCAUCGGAGCUAGAUGAGGCAAUACUCAGGCGUUUUCCUCAGUCUUUCGAAAUUGGCAUACCUGGCCGGAGCGAGAGAGUUAAGAUAUUGAAGGUGGUCCUGAAGGGGGAAAGAAUAGAUGAAGACAUUGAUUAUGACUAUAUUGCUGGGCUUUGUGAAAGUUUUACUGGUUCGGAUAUUUUUGAACUCUGCAAGCAAGCAGCCUAUUUUCCUGUUAGACAGUUGCUGGAGGAAGAAAAGAAAGGGAAGGCCCCACAGAUACCAAGAGCAUUGAAACAGUCUGACCUGGAAAAAGCUUUGUCAAACUUUAGAAAAGUGAAGAGGGGAAAAAGCGAAUACCGAUAUGCAUUGCAUUCACCUUCAUGGUUAGGGAAUGCUGAGACUGACGUUGAUGAUCCAGUCCAGAAUGCUAUUUUGAAGAUCUCUGAUAUCAUGAAUCAUAUUCACAGCAACAACCGAACUGAAUCUGAAGCCUAAUACCCUUCGUUGUUCAUAAUUUUUACAGAAGUUCCUUUUUUACUUAAUAGCUAGUUCAUUUUAUAAAAGCUAACAUGCCGAUAUUACCUCUUGGGAACUAUAAUCAUGGCCUUGAAGCAGCUGACUUGCCUCUGCUGAAUUUCAGCCUUCAUUCAACGCAGUGUUGUUUUGGAAGUGCCAUUAUUAUUUCUCACCUCCAAAACUUUUGUUUAGAUGUUUAGCAACAUGAAAAGAGAAUGAGAUGGGACAAGACCUCGUUAUUUUAGCACUGAUUCUUGGCCACAGUAGUGAUUCACUGCCAAUGUACUAAAUAGGCUUUAUCUCUGUACUUUGUACAGAUACGUGUUCUUGAUACUACUGUGUGCAUUUUGGAUGUCAAUGCUAGAAACCUUGCCCUUUAGAUUCAUCUGAUUAGAAAUGGAAGGUUUUAAGCAUUGUAAGCUUUUUGUGAAUCUCUAAUUUUGAUAAUGUUCUGACUUUCGGUC